AUGGCUGACCAUAACAGUCCGCCAGUAAGUCCAGUUAGCAGCGAUGGCAGCGGCAACCAGACGUUCUUCAGCGCUGCGCAUGACCUGCGACUACGGCUGGAAGACAUGGCUCACGUCGUGGACAACCCGGAGGUGGCAACUGCUGCAGGAGAUGAGACUGUCGACAUGGCAAGCAUGGUCGAAGUCGACAUCGAUGAUGACAGACCAGUCAAGGUCGAAAAGGACGAAUCCGAAGCAGUCACGCCAUCCGGGAGUCUUCCAGAGAAAGAGAAAGAGGCCGAACCGGUCCCGGAGGUGACACCUUCAAAUCCAAGGCUACUUGAAAAGUUGGCCCAGGAGAACAUGCAGUUGCGGGCGGAGCUGGAGGCUCAGAGGAGUGAGACCCUCCGUGUCUCACUGGCUAUGGCGCGGGCUGGCUUCCGCCUCCUCCGGGGCUUCCGCCUCCUCUGGCCUGAUGAGGGCACGGCCGAAGGUGCAGUCAGGAAACUGGCCAUCCGACAACGAAAACGUCGCGAAGUACAAGCGGCAGGAUGUUUCACCUGA